GUAGCCCCCACCGCAGCAGUUGCUUUUGACGCUGCAGCAGCUCCCGCUACCGACGCCGUCGCUGAGCUUCGCAUUCCCAAUUUUCCCCUCCGCCCCCCGCCCCAGCACCCCGCCUCCCCCUAGGGAAAAAGGAAAAGAAAAAAACAAGAGGUCUGUCGCACUUCCUCCGCAGUCGGGCGCCCCCCUGUGCGGGAGCGACGCCGGAGGCCCUGAAGUGAAGAGGCAGAGAGAGGAGCCGGAGCCGGAGCCGGAGCUGGAGCCCGGGAGCCCGACGUCCGUCAGUCCGACUGGCCGGCGGAGGCCGCUGGGUUGAUCCAGACAACAUGGCUACAGCGAUCAGAGAGGUGGGAGUGUGGAGACAAACUAGAACUCUUUUACUCAAGAAUUAUCUAAUUAAAUGUAGAACUAAAAAAAGUAGUGUUCAGGAAAUUAUUUUUCCACUAUUUUUUUUAUUUUGGCUAAUACUAAUAAGCAUGAUGCAUCCAAAUAAGAAGUAUGCAGAAGUACCUGACACAGAACUUGACCCCUUGGAUAAAUCUAUCCUGUCUGACUUCAUUAUUGCAUAUGCUCCAGUGACUAACAUUACAAGAAGCAUCAUGAAUAUAGUGUCUUCUCAUUAUCUUCCUGAUGUCUUAAUAACUGAAAAAUAUGCAAAUGAGAAAGAAUUGCAAGAAUCCAGUCUUUCUAAGCCUACCAAUUUUGUGGGUGUGGUUUUCAAAGACUUCAUGUCCUAUGAACUGCGUUUUUUUCCUGAUAUUAUCCCAGUAUCUUCUAUCUAUAUGAAUUCCAGAGCUGGUUGUUCAAAGUCAUGUGAGGCUGCUCUAUAUUGGCACUCAGGGUUUAUAGCUUUACAGACCUCCAUUGAUGCAGCAAUUAUACAGAUGAAGACUAAUUAUUCAGCCUGGGAAGAGUUGGAGUCUACAGAGGCAGUUGUCAUGGGAGAAACUGCUGUUAUAGAAAUAGAUAACUUUCCUCGAGGAGUAAUUUUAAUUUACCUAGUUAUAGCUUUUUCACCUUUUGGAUACUUUUUGGCAAUUCAUAUCGUGGCAGAAAAAGAGAAAAGGCUGAAAGAAUUUUUAAAGAUAAUGGGGCUUCAUGAUACUGCUUUCUGGCUUUCUUGGGUGUUAUUGUAUACAAGUUUGAUUUUUAUUAUGUCCCUUUUCAUGGCAGUCAUUGCAACAGCCUCUUCGUUAUUUCCUCGAAGUAGCUGUUUUGUGAUAUUUCUUCUUUUUUUCCUGUAUGGAUUAUCUUCAGUUUUCUUUGCCUUAAUGCUUACACCCCUUUUUAAAAAAUCAAAACACGUGGGAAUAGUUGAAUUUUUAGCCACUGUGGCAUUUGGAUUUCUGGGCCUUUUGAUUGUUCUGCUGGAGGAUUUUCCUAAGUCUUUAGUGUGGCUCUUAAGCCCCUUCUGUCAGUGUACAUUUUUAAUUGGUAUUGCACAGGUCAUGUAUCUAGAAGAUUUAGAUGAAGGUGCUUUGUUUUCCAACUUGAUCAAAGGUCCAUAUCCUCUUCUCAUUGCCAUUAUAAUGCUGGCACUCAAUAGUGUAUUUUACAUCCUCUUAGCUGUUUAUCUGGAUCAAGUCAUUCCAGGUGAAUUUGGACUACGAAGAUCAUCUUUAUAUUUUAUGAAGCCCUCAUAUUGGUCAAAGAACAAACGGAAUUAUAAAGAGCUAUCUGAGGGCAAUGUUAAUGGAAAUCCUGGUUUCAGUGAGAUUAUUGAACCUGUUUCUUCAGAAUUUUUAGGAAAAGAAGCUAUCAGAAUCAGUGGUAUUCAGAAAGCAUACAGAAAGAAAAGUGAAACUGUGGAAGCACUAAGAAAUUUAUCUUUUGACAUCUAUGAGGGUCAGAUUACAGCAUUACUUGGCCAUAGUGGAACAGGAAAAAGCACAUUAAUGAACAUUCUUUGUGGACUCUGCCCACCUUCAGAUGGGCUUGCAUCUAUUUAUGGACAUAGAGUGUCAGAAAUUGAUGAAAUGUUUGAAGCAAGAAAAAUGAUUGGAAUUUGCCCACAAUUAGAUAUAAAUUUUGAUGUACUGACAGUGGAAGAGAAUUUGUCCAUUUUGGCUUCUAUCAAAGGGAUUCCAGCCAACAGCAUAAUACAAGAGGUGCAGAAAGUUUUACUAGAUUUAGAUAUGCAAGCCAUCAAAGAUAACCAAGCAAAAAAAUUAAGUGGAGGUCAGAAACGAAAGUUAUCGCUGGGUAUUGCUGUUCUUGGAGAUCCCAAGGUAUUAUUACUAGAUGAACCAACUGCUGGAAUGGAUCCUUGCUCACGUCAUAUUGUUUGGAAUCUCUUGAAAUACAGAAAAACCAAUCGAGUGGUAGUACUUAGUACUCAUUUUAUGGAUGAAGCUGACAUUCUUGCUGAUAGGAAAGCUGUGAUAUCACAAGGAAUGCUGAAAUGUGUUGGUUCUUCUUUGUUUCUCAAAAGCAAAUGGGGGAUUGGCUACCGACUAAGCAUGUACAUAGACAAGCAUUGCAUCACAGAAUCUCUUUCAUCACUUGUUAAACAACAUAUACCUGGAGCUACCUUAUUACAACAGAAUGACCAGCAGCUUGUCUAUAGCUUGCCUUUUAAAGACAUGGACAAAUUUUCAGGCUUGUUUGCUGAUCUAGAGACCCAUUCUAAUUUGGGAGUUAUUUCUUAUGGAGUUUCCAUGACAACUUUGGAAGAUGUGUUCCUAAAGCUAGAAGUUGAAGCAGAAAUUGAUCAAGCUGAUUAUAGUAUAUUUAGCCAGCAGCAAUCAGAGGAAGAAACAGAUUCAAAAUCUUUUGAUGAAAUGGAGCAAAGCUUGCUUAUACUCUCUGAAACCAAAACAUCCACAGUGAGCACUAUGGCCCUUUGGAAGCAACAAGUGUGUAUGAUAACAAAGCUUCAUUUCCUUACUUUGAAGCGUGAAAGUAAAUCAUUGAGAUCUGUGUUGCUCCUGCUUUUAAUUUUUCUUGCUGUUCAAGUUUUCAUGUUUUUGGUUCAUCAUUACUUUAAGAAUACUGUUGCUCCCAUCAAACUUACUCCAGACUUAUAUUUUUUGAAACCUGGAGAGAAAGCUCACAAAUACAAAACAGGUCUUCUUCUUCAAAACUCAACUGACACUGAUAUUGAUGAUCUCCUAAGUUUCUUCGCAAGUCAGAACAUCUUGGUGAAUUUGUUAAAUGUCAGUGACUAUGUAUCUGCUGCUCCUCAUAGUGCAGCUUUAAAUGUAAUGCAUUCAGGAAAGGACUACAUGUUUGUAACUGUUUUCAAUAGUACUAUGAUUUAUUCUCUACCAGUAUUAAUGAAUCUUAUUAGCAACUCUAUUCUUUAUAACUUAAAUGUGACAGAAAAUAUCCAGAUCUGGAACACACCAUUCUUUCAAGAAAUUACUGACAUAGUUUUUAGAAUUGAGCUGUAUUUUCAAGCAGCUCUGCUUGGAAUCAUUGUGACUGCAAUGCCACCCUACUUUGCAAUGGAAAAUGCUGAAAAUCAUAAGAUCAGAUCUUAUACCCAGCUGAAAAUCUCAGGUCUUUUUCCAUCUGCCUAUUGGACUGGACAAGCGAUAAUUGACUUUCCUUUGUUUUUUGUUGUUCUUGUUUUGAUGCUAGGAAGCUUAUUUGCAUUUCACUAUGGAGUUUAUUUUUAUGCUCUGAAGUUCCUUUCUGUGGUUUUUUGCCUUAUUGGUUAUGUACCAUCUGUUAUUCUUUUUACCUAUGUUGCAUCUUUCACCUUCAGAAAAGUUUUAAAUACUAAAGAGUUUUGGUCAUUUAUCUACUCAGUGGCAGCCUUGGUUUCCAUUGCAGUCACUGAAAUAACCUUCUUUAUGAGAUACCACACAGUGACAGCUGUCCUUCAUUAUACCCUCUGCAUAAUCAAUCCAAUCUACCCACUUUUAGGGUGCCUGAUCAGUUUUAUAAAGAUUUCAUGGAAGAAUGUACAAAAAAAUGAAAGCAAUUAUAAUCCAUGGGACAGGCUUUUAAUAGCUGUUUUAUCGCCUUAUUUUCAAUGUGUGCUGUGGAUUUUCUUAUUACAAUAUUUUGAGAAGAAAUAUGGAGGAAGAUCAGUAAGAAAAGAUCCAUUUUUCAGAAUCUUUUCAACCAAACUCAAAAAUAGGAAGUUUCUGGAAGUGCCAAGCAGUGAAGAUGAAGAUGAUGAUGUUAAAGCUGAAAGGCUAAAAGUUAAAGAGAUGAUGACUUGCCAGUGCUGUGAAGAGAAACCAGCUAUUUUGGUUAGCAAUUUGCAUAAAGAAUAUGACGAAAAGAAAGAUUUUCUUCUUACAAGAAAAAGAAAGAAAGUGGCAACUAAAUAUGUUUCUCUGUGUGUGAAGAAAGGAGAAAUACUAGGAUUGUUGGGACCAAAUGGUGCAGGGAAAAGCACACUUAUCAAUAUGCUGGUUGGUGAUAUUGAACCAACUUCGGGUCAGGUACUUCUGGGAGAUUAUUCCUCAGACCUGGCUACUAAAGAUGAUGAUUCCAUUAAGUACGUAGGAUAUUGUCCUCAAACGAAUCCACUUUGGCCAGAUAUUACAUUGCAAGAGCACUUUGAAAUAUAUGGGGCUAUAAAAGGAAUGAGUAGAAGUGAUGUGAAAGAAGUCAUAAAAAGAAUCACAAGUGCACUUGAUUUAAAAGAACAUCUCCAGAAAACUACAAAGAAAUUGCCUGCUGGAGUAAAACGAAAGUUAUGUUUUGCACUAAGCAUGCUUGGAACUCCCCAGAUUACUUUGCUAGAUGAACCAUCUACUGGUAUGGAUCCUAAAGCCAAGCAACAUAUGUGGAGAGCAAUUCGAGCUGCAUUUAAAAACAAAAGGAGAGCAGCCAUCUUGACUACGCAUUAUAUGGAAGAAGCAGAGGCAGUCUGUGAUAGAGUUGCAAUUUUGGUAUCUGGACAGUUAAGAUGUAUUGGCACUGUACAACACCUAAAGAGUAAAUUUGGCAGAGGCUACUUUUUGGAAAUUAAAUUAAAGGACUGGAUGGAAAAUAUGGAAGUAGACCAACUUCAAAGACAUAUUCACUAUAUUUUUCCAAAUGCAGUUCGUCAGGAAAGUUUUUCUUCUAUUUUGGCUUUUAAAAUUCCUAAAGAAGAUGUACACUCUCUUGCACAGUCUUUUUCUAAGCUAGAAGAAGCUAAACAUACUUUUAGUAUUGAGGAAUACAGCUUUUCUCAAGCAACACUGGAACAGGUUUUUGUAGAGCUCACCAAAGAACAGGAGGAAGAAGAUAACAGUUGUGGAACUCUAAACAGCACUCUUUGGUGGCAAAGAACCCAGGAAGACAGAGUUGUAUUUUGAACUCUUACCUUUCAAAUCCUCCGAGAGGAUUUUUUUUUCCUUUCACUUCACAUUAUUUUUAUAUUGUUUUAAGAUCAAUCUUUGUAACAUGUCCUGUGAACCAUGAAAACAUUUGGGUCAUAGGAAAUAGUCAUAUUACUACGUUUCCAGAAUUCUUUAAUUGAAAUACUGUGUUGCUGUGUUUUGUUUUUCUUUUGUGUAGCUAAUUGUAUUUUAGUGUUGCUAUCUAAAGGACGUUCAAUUCUGACCUGUAUUUUGAGAGUAUUUACUUUUGUCAUUUUCCUCGGCUUUUACAAACAGUGUUUCUCUAUGUACAUUUUCACUUAUAGCAGAAAAUAUAAUUUGAGUUUUGACAGUUCUUUUAUGUUGAAUUUUUACAUUUACUUUUUUGGGGGGCCGGGGGUGGGGUGGGAAAUUCACCUCCAACUUGACCAGAACAUAAGCUUAUUGUCUUGCAGGCUGACCAGGUAAAUUUAAGUAGCCAUGUAAGCUGAUACAUAGGAGAGAGACUGAAGGGAUACUACAGAAUUUUCUUUUUCUCAGUUUUUAGACUUAAGCCCUCACAAAAAGCUGCCAAUUGCAGGUCUUCUUAAAGAAGCAGCAAUAGAAAAGAUCUCUGAAAUAGAAGCUCUCAUGAAAAAAGUAUGUCCACUAGAUGGCAACCAGAAUGAAUGGUUUUAGUUCAGGUUCUGUUAGGUAUUACAUGUUAGAAGAACAUUCAUUGUAUUUUCAAGCUGAUUUAAUUGAUUUCUGUUUUAGUAUAUCCACAUGGGGUAGUAAUGACAUUUGGUCAUUAUUAAUUAUAUUGAUUUAGCUGAUAACCUCUUUUUCUUAUGCAUAGAUGUCUAGAAUGGAGAAACCUGCUAGGGUAGAAUAAUUUACUUUGCCCUUGCUCUUUCCUCCCCUGCUUAGUAUAAAAGGGUCUAUAUUUGCUUCUUGAGGACCUGGAAGGAGAAAGAUUAGACUUGUUAAUAUUUGUUAGUAUUUUGACUUCAGACAAUCCUUAUUUGAGUUUUAGGAAUUUUAACCAUCAUUGGUUGGUUUUAUUAUAGAGACAAGCCAAGAAUAGUCAAACUUAUGGUGGGAAAAACAAAUUUUCAUCAUUUUUGAGAUCUAAAGUACGGCAAGAUUACUUUAGGCUAUAAUUUACUAUAAUUAUUUCAUGUAAUAAAAUUUCAGACAUUAUAUAGAUAUCAUGCAAUAUGAUCUUCCUGUUAGCUGCUUAAACUUCGUUAAUUUAAGCUAGACACUGCCUAGAUCCACCAGUGAUUGUAGAUAGUACUGACAGACAAUAAUACAUGGUACUGAUGGACAAAAUAUAUGGCUUACAGUAUAAUACCAGAUGCACAAAAGUAACACCUUGAAAAGACACAUUAGAGUGAUGAUAUAAUAAAUUGUUUUUCACUUUAAAAAGAUUUAUUUCAAGGCUCCUUUAAAUAGCAAGUUUACUAAUGCAUUUUCAGUUAUUUGAUUUAAAAAAUUAGAUUUAGAUAAAACUUUAAGGAACACAUCUAUUGCAUAAUGCUAAUUAUAACCAUACUGAAUAGACAGAAAUAUGUAAAUGACUAAUAAUGUCCCUUUUUUAGUUCUAGUAUCAGUCUCCUUGAUAAUCUUCCCAGUUGAUACAGCUUGGUGAAAGGUAGCCUCAGUGAUCCUAAAGUUCAUUUUGGUUAUUUCUACCAUACUAACUAUCUCUUGAUUCCUAAUUAGUUAAAAAAAAAAAGAAUGACUUUGAGUUUUACCUUUCCUCAGUAAAGAACUACAGCCUUGAAUUUUUGUUGUUCCCCAGAUACUUUCCUUUUAAGAUUGCUAAAAUUACUUAUCAUUGUAAUAAUGUUUUCCCAAGAUAAUAUGGAAUAUAAUUCUGUUUUAUGCAUUUGAGACUCUGUCUCUUAUGUUCUUUUUACAUUUUUUGACUUAGGCAUUUCUCAUAUCUAUACUGGCAGCAUGAACUUGAGUAAUACAGUCGCCAGUUGAAAGGCAGGCUUAAGAUGAAAUGGCUUGCUUUUUUAGAUAAAUUCAUAAGUAAAUGUUUUAUAUUUGAAACAAAUCAUUGUCGAAGAGCCCUAAUAUAAUUUACUAGCUUAAAAUCAUUGUAAUACAUAAGGUUGAUUUGUUUUAAUAUCGAGAAGAGGUAUCUCACUUAAAGGUAUAAUUUUUUGAACCAUUUGGCCAUCAAAUAAAAAGUAAGGAGCAAUUAGCAAAUUAUAUCUAUAGUGUGAAAAAAAUCUUGAGAAGUUGAACCUCUGAGAAAAUCCAUUCACAGUGAGAAAAUUUAAUAUAAAUGUUAGGUAAAACAUGCAUUGUACAGGAAAUUACAUGGAUUUUUUCAUAUCAAGUAAUUUAAAUUUGGUAUGUAUAAAUGUAUAUAGAAAUAAUCAAGUUAAAUUUAUUUUGAAAUGUUAACAUUAGAUUUUUUUCAUUAGUCAAAUUUACAUUAUUAGUAUGGUAAUUUAGUUGCUUUUCUACUGUUCUUCAAUACAUGUGCUCUUGUACAAAUUGGGGGUUCCUGGGCAUUGCAUUUUUCAUAAUGCUUAUCCCUGGAGCAUCUGUUCCCACCCCCUCCACUACCACCUCCAAUAGACUGUCAGAGAUGAAGACUGGUUCUGUGCUUUCUUGAUAGCACAUUUUUUUUUAAAUUCUUAUCCAAGUUGAAUAUGUGACUGAUAUAGUCUUUAAAAAAGGAAGAGCCAGUUUCAAUAUAUUUAUAGUACAUAGUUCAUGUUUAUGAAACAAUACUACAAUGCACAAUCCAGAAAUAUUUAUGUGAUAGAACAAAUCUCAAUAUCACAAGGUUUAUUUGCCUUGAUAAAGGUUGGUUUAAAAAAAAUGACAUCCACCUCAUUCAGGAUGUUCUUUUUUUUAAGUACAAGUUAGCUAUUGGAUAAGGUCAGCCCUUUGUAAAAAUUAUAAAUUGAGAAGUAAGGAGUAAUAGGAAAUAUCUUUAACUAAAAUGAUAUAAUUCAUUUUAUAGGAACUUAAUUGUUUCAUUAGAUUUGUCUCAAGAAAAGUUGUCAGGGCUUUAUGCUGGUAUUUUGCCUUUAAGCCUGGCAUCCUUCCUUAAAUUCUUUUGAUUUUAAUAAGUUCAUAGUAAAAAUUUGAUAAGCAUAGAAAAGUUUUAUUCAGUAUUUCAUGUUGACUUCAUCCUGUUGUGUUUGUACUAAGCAUGUUCCAAAUACACUUUUAAAAUCUCACUUCCUGAGAGUCUUGAUAUAAGUGACUAAUUACACAUGAAUUAUAUAGCCAUUGAUUUUGAACAAAUGGAAAUAGCUAUGCUUUUUAUGAUUUUAAUAUUAACAACAUCCUGCCACCUGACCAUUUUUCUUUUCCUUGACCUAAAUUAGUAAACUUGCCCUUCAAAGUGAAGGCCUUUAUUUUUAUAUGCAUAUAUUUUAUUUUUACUUUUUAAUUGUCAAUCUCUUACUUAUUUUAACAAGAGACAAAAGAAUUCACUUAUUGAAAAGUCAUGAAUAUGAAUUAAUAAUUGUAAAUAUCCAUCUUUAUAUUUUUUGGUCUGAGAGUAUAAAUGUAUCCUUUGCUUUUAGAUAGCCGUAAUAUUUUAUUUUUUAAUACAAGUGGAAAAAUUUUCUCAGACUAAUGUUUCAUUUCUAUAUAAAUGUGACUUCAGCACGUUUUGUUAGUUGUCAGUUCAAGCAUGUGAACACACCCUUAAAAAUGGAAAAUGUGGCACAAUAGCAUAUUCAUUUUUUAAAAGCAAUUCAUCUUUCCCAAUUAUUGUUUCUAAUAAUACAGUAUAUUGUCUUUAAAAAGCUAGGUAAGAAACUGUUUUGAGAACUUACACUCCAGUUUUGUUAUCUACACUAGUAAUUGUUUUAUUGUCUUAAGUUUUCAUACAAAUACAUAAUUUCUUUGUGUUUUUUCAGCAAUUCUUUUGGGGGUUUAGGUAUGUCAUACUCUAAAAUUGGUCUUAUAUGAGGCAAACCUCAUUUUUCAGUGCUACAUCAUUGCCUGGAAUACUACAGAUAUGUUUGAUGCCGCAGCCUGAUACAGUUUUUAAUGGAAAUACUGUUACCCCUUAAUAAAAGGUAGUGAUACAAUGAAUAUUUCAUUUGAUCACAUUGAAUUUGAGAAAGCUAUUUAAGAUACCAAACUAAGUGCUUUGAAAAUAUGACUUCUGGUGUUAACCUAUUAAAGAGCGAAUAUUAUAAUUCA